CAAUGAGUCUCGGAUCGGCGUUGGCCACGUAUAAAAGCAGAAGUCGCGGGCCGCAAGUCACUUUCCUCGGCUCGACCAUGAAUAGAACACUGGUCAUACUGCUGUGCUUGGCGGGAAGUCUGAUCUACGUGGAGCCAUAUCGUGAUAACUACGACAUCUCGCAGGAAUCGCUAGAAGACUAUUUCGACGUGAACCCGUACGAGAGGUUCGACUACGACUGGUCGGUUCGGUACGACCUUGUUUCGGGUGACGUCAACCAAGAGGAACCACGCGAAGAAGCCUCCGCUGAGCGGAUAAAUGAGCCUUCUAGAGGGUCGUACGUCGUGCAGCUUCCCGACCGACGCAUCCAGACCGUCACUUAUUACUACGACAACAAACUUGGCUACAUAGCGGAGGUUUCGUACGAAAUUGAACCCGAGAUUAAUAAAAUAUAACGUUGUCCUUGCUUGUACUAGGGGCCCUCACGGCUCGUGGGGGUCCCCUGUUACACGCUCGCUUCCCCCCUAAUUCUCUAUCUGGGAAUAUAAAUGCUGUAGAUGCAAUUUUCUUCCUUGAGGUCUUGGGGACAGCCUUUGGAAGGACGUGGGGUCAUGCAGGGUCAGUCGGUAUCCUCUAGAACCUCGUGUGCCCUCAGUUACUAGCUCUCGGGAUGCUAGUAAAGAUAAUUAGGUUUAACGAGCCAGAUGCAGCAAUUACCUUGUCAGGCGAUAAGGUGACGGUGAUAAUUAUACCCCAUUAUAGAGUGUAACAUGGAGUAAGAUGAGCGUAUACCCGUGCACACAUACACGCGCCAUACAAGCAAUUUAAACGUAAAAAAAAUAUUAACACGUAAUCCACUUACUUCUGAAGUACCGCCACUUUACACCUUUUAUUUCCCGAUCAUAACCAGUAUUUCAGGUUUAUAUUUCAGGUUCUGAUUCAGGAAAUCUUUCCAGUUAUGAAUACUUGAUAAUAUAGCCGGCCUACAUUCACUCAAGCACAGUAGUUAAGUCAAUGAUAGUACUUCUGAAUUAGAAUAGUUUUAGUCUGUGAUAAUGUGUACAGAGUAGAGUAGCAUUAGUCUGUGAUACUUCACGAUAAAAGAUAGAUGAAGAAAUAAGAGCAACGACUGUGUGAAAGAUUUUGUUCGAAUGAAAGGACCGAAGCCGGUUUCAGAAUGCGUGGAUGCAGCGUAUGUUGUAAUUGUGAAUGAAAGGAAGGGAAUAACAGGAUGAGCCAAUGAGGUUUUUCAAAUCAGAGUCUUCAAAAUGUAAUGUUAGUGAGGUAAACCAUGAUGAAUUAUGUGGAAAACACAUUCAUAUAUUUUAGAUGUGAAGCAGGCAACGCUGGUUUCCCGGACUUGAGCCUAAGAAAGCCAUCUAACUGGUGGUUAUUUUAAAAGCAAUUCGAAGGUAACUGCCCUGGAGACACGGCGAUGGAGGGCAGUGACUGGCGACGAGGCUCACGCGACACAAGCCUCGGGGUGUUCUCGACAUUCUGAGGGCAUCAUUAAUGCGAUUCCAAGCACAGAAAGCACGGAAGGCAUACACGGCCCGUCUCGCCGAACCCUUUGACCAAACCUGUUCUAGGAGACGGACGCAGGAGGUCAGACAUGUUAAAAGCAAAAGGAAAAAGAAAUUAUGCUUUCACUUAUGUGCUGUGUUUUUUUAUGCAAGUACUUCUGCUUGCUUCUACGCACUCGUCCAGGCGCCGGCUGCAAGACGUGAGAGGGGCCUUUCUAAGUCAUUUGUGUGGAUGAUAAUGUAAUGUUGUUUUCAUUUAGUCUAACGAAUAUACAAGAGUUAUUUACUUCAUACUUUGUUAAAUGUUAUGUCACCUCGUGUCUGUUGGAAGUUUCUCGUGUUUCUAUUGUAAAUAAUCAAAUAAAUGGAACAUUUUUGUUAUAAAUGAAAUCAUCCAAAGAUC